AUGGGACUUCUCAACCCAUUAAAACCUUUGGCAUGCAACACGUUCGGCACGACGUUUAGCAAGAGCCACGAGGUGGAUAAGAUCGAGAACUACCUACGAGCUGCCCAAGGAAUCCUUGAGGACGUUCGCCGUAGGGUGUCACAAGAGCAAGACAGAGUCUCGCUCAAGAAAAACCAAGCGCUGCGGCCUAGUAACUUCAAAGUUGGUCAAAAGGUGUUAAUCAAAAAGGACGUCUACAUGAAACCAAAACGGGGACAGAAAUUCCAUUUCUUGUGGUAUGGACCAUAUGCGAUCGUGGAAGUCAUCAAUCCGAACUCUUACCGAGUGGAGACUGGGACGGACACGCUUCGUCACUGUGUGUUCAAUGCGCGGGAUCUGAAGCCUUUCUCGGAACGGGAAAAUGAUUACGGACGCAUCCCACCUUUGACUCGCGAAGCUCAAUUGGCCAACCUCAACCAGAUCGUUGGUUUUGGAAAACUGAGUAUGCGCCCAGAGGGAACCAUGGUUGAGACUGUCUGGAGGGAUGCAGAAGCGUGGGAUACCAUUCAAAUGCCUCUCGAGCUGGUCGAAAGCCAUCUACCCGCCCACUACAUCGAGUACUUGAAAAAGCAUCGAACGAAUCGGAAACGAUUGCAGGACGACACUAUAGCGAGAGCACAAGUCCGUUGGCGUGGAGGCAGGCCCCCGAUAAAGCGGAAAAGAAUAGGGAGGAAACGCUGA